UGAUAGAAAUCAUUCUUCUCUUUUCUUUAGUUUAUACGAAGUAUUAGUAGCCAUAUAAUAAAAGUGAUUCUGCCAAGAACACUUUCUGUAUAGAUUUCAGUUUAUAAUUCUCAGUUCCAGAAUUUUAGCUUGUGAUAUUUGGUAUUGAAGUUCAUUUGGGUUUAUCAGUUCGUUCAAUCAGUUCCAGCUUAAUACAAGGAUUUCAUCUUUUCUAUUCCAGCCCAUCUAUGUUAUUCAUUAUUUUAUGCCUUCAGGUUCUUACUUAAACACUCACUUUAAUUUCCUUAAUCUGUUAAAUUUAUUAUGUUUUUCAUGAAUUUUGCUUUUAUUUUAUUUACCGUAAUUAUGUGUAACUAAAUUAAGUUUAGGCUUGGGCAAGAUGUAAUUUUUACUAUUAAUGUUCAUAUGAUAAUAAUUGGUUAAAACUAUUAAUUGGUUAAUUUUAGGAGUGCUGAGUUGAAUAUUCUAAUCUGCUAAAUACAUUAUAUUGGGAAAUGAAUAUUAUCACGGGAGUGAAAUUUCAUUAAAAUACUUUUUAUUAAUUCACCCACUAAAUUGCUACACGGAAGUGUUAAGGAAUUUAGGAUAAUUUGAUUUUGUACUUUUUACUGUCUUAAUAAAAUUACUGCGGAAGCGGAAUUAAUUUAAGAUAGUGUAAUCAACUAAGUCGUGGGAACGAUUAGAAGAUUACCAUUUGUAAAUCUUUCACACAUCUAAAAGUAACUAAGUUAAUUAGUUAAAUCUUUAUUAUUAUGAACAUCAAAAUAAAAUUACUCUUAGCCCAAGCCUAAUUUUCUCUAUCAUUAAUUGUUAAAUUACCAAGUAUUGUGAUUUAUUUUACUCCCUAGCAAUUCCGCAUUUAUAAAAACAAGAUAAAAAAAAAUCUGUUCACUUAGCUCCAUUGCAAAAUGUUAUUAAUUUGUGAUUAGCUAAAAAUCAAUCAUUAAUUCUAGUUCUCUUUGUGAGCCAUUCUCUAGCGGAACGAUACUCACUUACUCUAUACUAUAUCGUUACAAGCCAAUUAAAACAUCAUUUCCAUUCACAUUUUUACAUCAUUUCACACUACACAUUUUGGCCUGUCACGAUUUUGGCGCCGUUGCCGGGGAAUGGCAUAGUGUUAUUGAUUGAUAAUUAGUUAAUAUUAGUGUUUGUUAUUAUUUAUCUGGAGACUAAGUUUUUUUUUUACCCGUUCUCAUCACUUUUGCAAAAAAAAAAAAAAAAAUCAUUUUUCGUGCACUAAUAAAAAAAAACUCUUAAAAAAGUGUAUGCAUACUCGCUCUCAAGGGAGUGAAGGACUGCAACCACUUAACCUUGAUUUUGAAAAAGAAUUAAGGAAAAGAAGAAAAACACGAACCCUUGAACUUAAAAUUCCAGAUCUGAUCAUGGAGGAUUUUCAAAACAAUCCCAAUAAUCCAAAUGGCCAAAACCUAAUUCCAAAUCCAAAUCCUACGCCACCUCAAAAUACACCCGUUGAUACUCCCAGAGAUAGAAAUAAUCCUUUCUUAGGAGAUCAAAGACCACCAGGAUUUGAAAAUUUCCAACAAAUUCCUCCCCAAACACAUCCCCAAAUUUGUCCACCACAUCCCUACCAAAAUCACCAAAACCAACCUCCUCCUCCAUAUCCAUACACUUACCCAUAUCCUUACCCACCUCCUCCAUUUAUGCACCCAUACCAACCUCACCCAUUUGGCCAAUACUACCAACACCCACAUAAUCAACAAGAUCAAGGGCAAUUCAUGAGACAACAACAAGGGCGAAGACUUCUUGAUUAUGUUGCAGGUGAAAUUGAGCAACAAGACAGUAUUCUCUAUCCAGGUGUGGUGCAGCAAAUUUUGAGAUCAAACCAACACUUAUCUCAUUGGUCUCAGCCAACAAAUUUGGCGGAUCAAAGAGUGAAGAUCUGACGAGCCAUGUGAAACAAUUCUUGAGAGUUCUCCAAACUCUUAAACUAAAUGGAGCCUCUGUUGAUGCUAUCAGACUCAGAUUGUUCCCAUUCUCACUGAGGGAUGAAGCAUUGAGUUGGUUGAACUCUAAACCAUCCGGUUAUUUCAACACAUGGGAGAAGUUGCAUCGAGAAUUCAUGAAGGAUUUCUAUCCUCCUUCCAAGGCAUCAAAAAUGAAGAAACUUAUCCAGCAAUUCAGGCAACAUCCACCAGAAUCUCUUUACGAAUCAUGGAAGAGAGUUAAAGACCUUCAAGUUCAAUAUCCACAUCAUAAUAUGAGCAUGGGUGAUCUCAUUGUCUCAUUUUAUGAAGGAUUACAUGAUAAUUCCAAAAUUGUUGUGGAUGCCUCUGCUAAUGGAGCUUUCAUGGAGCUUGAUCCUGAAACAGGCAAAGAGAUGCUUGAGAUAAUUUGUAACAACAGUGCAUCAUGGUAUUCUGAAAGAUCCACUCAAAAACUAGGAGCGGGAAUUUAUGAGGUCGACCAAACAACAGCUUUAACGGCAAAGGUUGAUUCUCUCACAACCAUGGUUCAAAAGCUCACAGAGAAACAAUCAUCAUCAACUUCUAGCACAUCAACAAAUCCAUCAUCAUCUUUAGCUCAAGUUUUGUUCUGUGAACUCUGUGGAGGAGGACAUUCUGUUAAGGAAUGCAAUCUUCUUGAACUUACACAAAAUGUUCCUUCUGGCCCCACAGUAGAACAAGCUGAAGCUAUAUAUGGUAGACCCCAAGUACCAUAUCAAGGAAACUAUAACCCUCAAGGGAAGACACAUCAAGGAUUCUCAUGGAGCAACCCAUCAGGUGCAGCAAAUUCAUCUUUUCCAUCCAAACCAACACAUCCAGGAUUUCAAAAUCAACAAGGAUUCAGAGGAGGAAACCAAAACAACCAACAAUUGAGGGGAAAUCAAGGGUAUCAAAAUCCUCAAGGGUACCCACCGCAACAACAAUUUUCAUCACCUCCUCAACAACAACAACAAUUUGUUGGAGUUAAUGAUUUCCAACAGAUGAUGCAAGGUAUUACUAAUCAAUUUUCUCAACUCACCACUCAACUCAAUCAAAUUCAAGCUCACAACAAAAUGCUUGAGAGCCAGAUUGCUAGUUUUGCUUCACCAUCUACUAGCAAAGCUCAAGGCAAAUUGCCUGCCUACUCUGAACAUCCCAAGGAGAAUGUCAAUGCAAUCACUACAAGGAGUGGAAAACAACUUUCUGAUCCACCACUUGUAGUUGAAAAAGAAAAGAUAACUGAAAAAGAGACUUCACCACCAAAGGAGAGUAACGAAGAAGGUCUCAAUUUCCCAACACAAGAGGGCACGAAAAAGGUAGUUCAACCAUAUGUUCCACCUUUACCAUUUCCUUACAGAGCAAAGAAGAACACAAUUGAUGAGAGGAGGGAUAAAUUCCUUAAAUGGAUCGAACAGCUUAACACAACAAUUCCACUUCUUGAUGCUCUGAAACAUAUGCCUUCAUAUUCCAAAUUUCUGAAGGAAAUUCUGUCAAACAAAAAGAAGUUUGAAGAGAAAGCUACCGUAGCCAUGAGCGAGGGAUCUAGUGCUAUUAUUCAAAAGAAACUUCCAGAAAAAUUGAAGGAUCCAGGUAGCUUUACUAUUCCAUGCAUUAUUGGAGGGUUCAUGGUCAACAAAGCUUUGUGUGACCUUGGGGCUAGUGUUAGCCUUAUCCCUUAUUCUAUGAGCAAACGACUUAGUCUUGGUAUUCCCAAAGCUACUUCGAUGACCAUUCAGCUUGCUGACCGAUCUGUUAAGCACCCUGUUGGUAUUCUAGAAGACAUUCCUGUACAAGUUGGGAAAUAUUUCAUCCCUUGUGACUUUGUCGUCCUAGACAUGGAUGAAGAUGAGCGAGUACCUGUCAUAUUAGGAAGGCCUUUCUUGGCCACUGCUGGUGCCAUCAUUGAUGUUAAAAAAGGUACGUUAAUAAUUGAAGUGGGGGAUGAAAGGGUUGAGUUCAAUAUUUUCCAAAUGGCGAGAAAUCCUUCAUGUGUGGAAGAUUGUUGGAGGGUUGAUAUAGUUGAUGAAUGUGUGAGAGACUUCAUGGGAUUCUUUCACAAUGAUCCUAUGGAAGCUUAUGCUGUGGAGGAAAUUGAAAAAAAUCAUGAGGGAGAAGAGUUAGUUGAGUGUGUAAAAAACAAAGAGAGCUGUGAAAAAAAUCAUGAGGGGGGGAAAGUGGACAAACUGGAGAGAGAAGAAGUGAGGAAGACUAAUAGCACAAAAGAACCACCCAAAGUUGAGUUGAAACCUUUACCAUCACACCUAAGAUAUGCUUAUCUUGGUGAAAACUCUACUUACCAAGUGAUUAUUAGCACUAAAUUGAAUGAGGAGGAAGUAGACAAGUUAUUGGUCCUAUUGAGAAAGCACAAACAGAUCAUUGGAUACUCCAUCGAUGAUCUAAUUGGCAUCAGUGCUAACUAUUGUAUGCACAGAAUUUAUCUUGAGGAAGGAUGCAAACCAGUUGUUGAACAUCAAAGGAGACUUAAUCCUAACAUGAAGGACGUUGUGAAGAAAGAAGUUAUCAAACUUCUUGAUGCUGGUAUCAUUUACCCAAUUUCGGAUAGUAGAUGGGUAAGUCCAAUCCAUGUUGUACCAAAGAAAGGAGGUUUCACAGUUGUUCCAAAUGAGCAUAAUGAGCUCAUUCCUACUCGCUUGGUCACGGGAUGGAGAAUGUGCAUCGAUUACAGGAAGCUUAACAAAGUCACAAAUAAGGAUCAUUAUCCUUUACCUUUCAUUGAUCAGUUACUUGAGAGGAUGGCAAACCAUAGCCAUUAUUGCUUUCUCGAUGGAUUCUCAGGAUAUUUUCAAAUCAUGAUCCAUCCAGAUGAUCAAGAAAAGACUACCUUCACGUGUGCCUAUGGUACAUUUGCUUUUCGAAGAAUGUCAUUUGGCUUAUGUAAUGCACCCGGAACAUUCCAACGGUGUAUGAUGGCUAUAUUCUAUGAUCUUAUUGAAGAAAUCAUGGAGGUAUUCAUGGAUGAUUUCUCUGUCUAUGGGACCUCAUUCGACUCGUGCUUGGAUAAUCUUGAUAAAGCAUUGACUCGUUGCCAAGAGGCAAAUCUUGUCCUAAACUGGGAGAAGUGCCAUUUCAUGGUAACAGAAGGGAUUGUUCUUGGGCAUAAGAUUUCAUCCAAAGGCAUUGAGGUAGAUCCAGCAAAGAUUGAAGUGAUCGAGAAGUUACCACCGCCAACAUCUGUUAAAGGCAUCCGAAGCUUUUUAGGGCACGCUGGAUUCUAUCGGCGAUUCAUCAAGGAUUUUGCUAAUAUUGCAAAACCACUCACAAGACUCCUAUCCAAAGAGGUUGAAUUUAUCUUUGAUGAUGCUUGUCUUAAUUCUUUUUGUAAAAUUAAGAAAGCAUUAUGUUCUGCACCUGUCAUUCAACCACCAGAUUGGAGCAUGCCUUUCAUCCUAAUGUGCGACGCCAGUGAUUAUGUUGUAGGAGCCAUGUUGGGACAAAAACAAGGUCGUUGCAUACAUUCAAUUUAUUAUGCAAGUCAUACUCUCGAUGAUGCUCAACAAAACUAUGCCACAACAGAAAAAGAGCUACUCGCAGUUGUCUUUGCCAUAGAGAAGUUCAGGUCAUAUCUUGUUGGAAGCAAAGUGAUAGUUUACACUGAUCACUCAGCUCUAAAGUACCUGUUUGCAAAGAAGGAGGCCAAGCUACGACUUAUUAGAUGGGUGUUGCUACUGCAAGAGUUUGACAUUGAGAUCCUUGACAAAAAAGGGUCUGAAAAUGUCAUCGCUGAUCACCUGUCCAGAAUUGAGUCACACACAGAAAAUAAAGUGAUCAAGGAAUUACCCAUUGAUGAUUCAUUCACGGGAGAAUAUUUGCUCUCCGUCAAGCACUUUUCUCCUUGGUAUGCUGAUUGGGUUAAUUACCUGGUCAGUGGUUAUAUUCCUUCUGAAUUUUCGUGGUUCCAAAAGAAAAAGUUCUUACAUGAUGCUCGCUCUUAUUUUUGGGAUGAACCACUAUUGUUCAAGAGAUGUGCUGAUGGAAUUGUUCGAAGAUGCAUUCCAGAAGAUGAGUUUGAGGCUAUACUUUAUCAUUGUCAUUCAUCACCAUAUGGUGGUCAUUUCGGAUCCACAAGGACGUCAGCUAAAGUCCUACAGUCAGGUUUCUAUUGGCCUACAUUGUUCAAAGAUUCUCAAAUGUACGUGAAAAGAUGUGAUCGAUGCCAACGCACAGGAUCUAUUGGUCGCCGAAAUGAAAUGCCACAAUCCGGAAUACUUGAAGUUGAACUCUUUGAUGUAUGGGGAAUGGACUUUAUGGGACCAUUUCCUAGCUCAUGUGGCAAUUCUUACAUUCUUGUGGCUGUGGACUAUGUUUCAAAAUGGAUUGAAGCGAUUGCUAGUCCAACAAAUGAUUCCAAGGUUGUGAUCCGGUUUGUGAAGAAAUUUAUUUUCUCAAGGUUUGGAGUUCCGAGGGCGUUCAUCACAGAUAAUGGUACACACUUCUGUAAUAAGCAACUUGAGAAACUUUUGCUCAAGUAUGGUGUUAAUCACAAAGUGUCUACUCCGUACCAUGCACAAACUAGUGGCCAAGUUGAACUCUCAAAUAGGGAAAUCAAAUCAGUCCUUGAGAAAGUUGUCAAUCCCACAAGGAAAGAUUGGUCCCUCCGACUUGAUGAUGCUUUAUGGGCCUAUCGUACUGCAUAUAAGACUCCUAUUGGCACAUCACCGUUCAAAUUGGUGUAUGGGAAGUCUUGUCACUUACCAGUGGAGAUUGAACACAAAGCAUUUUGGGCUAUCCAAAGCCUAAACCUUGACUCCACUCUGGCAGGGCAAAAGAGGUUGUUACAACUAAAUGAACUUGAAGAAUUCAGACUUGAUGCCUUUGAGAAUGCCCGACUCUAUAAGGAAAGAGCAAAGAAAUGGCACGAUGGGAGAAUCCUUAGGAGAGACUUUUCUUCUGGAGAUAGUGUGCUACUAUUCAACUCAAGGCUAAAACUCUUUCCAGGAAAGCUGAAAUCAAAAUGGUCUGGACCUUUCAAAGUUAUCAAAGCCUAUCCAUCUGGGGCAAUCAUUCUGGAGGGAAAUGAUGGGAGGCAAUUUACUGUCAAUGGCCAAAGAGUUAAGCAAUAUCAUGAAGGAGAUGACACAAAGGAGAAACUCACUGUUGAUCUGGACAAUCCUCCUUACGAGUAAAACACUCAGGUAAUGUCGGGCACACGACGUUAAAAAUAGCGCUUCUUGGGAGGCAACCCAAGUUUAUUUCCUUACAUUUGUAUGUGUGUUUUGUUUGUGUGUUUGCAUUGCAUGAUUUUUUCCCCCACCCAUUUACUCACCCGCCCUGUAUAUAUUUGUCACAUCGAGGACGAUGUUUCAUCCUAAGUGUGGGGGGAGAAUACGCAUGUUUGUUUGUUUGCUUGUAAAUUGCCUUAUCACCUGUUUAACUUUCAAAUCAUGCAUUCUAUUCUUUCACAUGGUAUGUGGAUUGUUGGCGGGACUUGUCUCUUAAUAAUUGGAUUGAGAAUCAUAAUUUUGAGCGUUGAGUAAAAUUUUGGUCAAAUUUCAAACUUUGUACAGACACAAUACAUCUCAUGCACGUAAAUGGUUAUCUAGUGAAAUUGUUGUUCAAUAUGUUUAAGAUUGUGCAAAACAAGAGUGCUAUGUGCUUUUAUUUUCCUUGACAUGAUUUUCUGACUUAGCACAUUAGGAAAUGAUAUAGGCCAUUUUUCAUAAACCCCAUAUACCUAGCCUUACCCAUGUGAUAAAUAUCCCUUGUUCACCCCUUUGAGCCAUUUCUUUUAAUAAGCGUUAUACGCUUAACCCUAUUUUUUGUUAUUUUCUUUCAUGACAACCCGUUAUAUGUGAACCUUAGCCUAAAAGCCAAACACUUUCCAUCCACCCUAGAAUGAACUUGCAUAAAUCUUAAUAAUUUUAGAGAGUGUCAUUCACCUUAAGGGAGCUUCAUUUGCACUUUUGUAAUUACUUAGUUGUUAAUAUUCAUUUAUAGGGGUAGUUGUUCUUCUUGUAUCAUCAUUGUACAUAUUAUUCUUGUAAAUUCUUAAUGUUAGAAGCAUAAAAAAGCCUUAAAAAAAUAAAAAAAAACAAAAAAAAAAAGAAAAAAAAUAUAAAAAAAAAGAAAAAGAAAAAAAAGAAGAAAAAAAGUGAACAAGGCUAAAUGUCAAUGUAUAUGCUUCUCUCUUUUGUAUAUUUUUCUUGUACAUUAAAUUACUCUUUUUACUACCCCUAACUGUUGAAAAUAACAAGUGUUGUAUAGAUUAUUGUCAAAAGCUCCUACUCACUACUUAGUACCUCUUUAAAUUUGUUAAAUUUAUGUCAAGUUCAUUUCUUUUGUUUCCUCAUUAACUCCCUUCGUUCAUAAGCCUUUUCCCACAUACCCCAUUAUGACCCAAUAUGAAAAGUCCUAAUUGAUCUUAUUUGUGUUUUGUCUGAAAUAAGUUGAUAGGAAAAUCUUAUUUUGCAUAAUUUUGCAUGGUUGAACCAACGAAGCUAGAUUCCAUUUUCACAUCACACACUUUGCGUUUGUUAGAGUUAAGAUUUGACCAAAACAUUUCAGAUGAUAUGCAAAAUAUUUUUAUGAUUCUCACUACUCUUAUUUUGUGACAAGUCAAGGGAAUUUGAUUGAUCAGGUGGAGUGAAAGGAAAGUGUGCAUGAUUUGAAGGUUAUACAUAUGAUUUGACAAUUCAUUUUUGCUUGCUUGUUUGUGUGAAUGUAAAUAUUUUUGCUUGAGGACAAGCAAAAUCUUAAGUAUGGGGGAGUUGAUGUACUCCUAAUUUACCAUAUUUAUGAUCUUGUUUUGUCACACUUUUAAUAAUUUAUUUUUCUUUUUUUAAAUAAAAAAGGAUUGAUUUUUAUCAUCUUGAACAUUUUAAGGUAUUGCACUUGUUUUGGUAUAUUUUUGAAUUUCAGGAUAAUUCGGGAUGUAAAUUGAAAUUUUGAAAAGAAAUAAAAUUACUCCCGAGUGAAGACAGAAAAAUCACCAAAGUGAAGCAGGUCCUUACUUUAACUCCGAAAUAUUUGUCAAGAGAUCCGAAAUAUAUUUCAGAAUGAACCAAACUGUCCGCAAUAAAAUGUACCGGUUAACGGUUGAUCAGUUAACUGAUCAAACAAUUAACCGGCCAAAAUAAGUAAGUGGCGGAAGUGGAGCCAAAACUUUGGUUGACAAAACUAUUCACUCAUUUGUGAAUAAUUGAAGGCUGCCCAUACGUAUGAAGCUCUCAACUCUCAAGAAGAAAAGAAAAUAAAUUCAUUGUAUUAUUAGAGGGACCCAUGCAAUAGUAAUACUUUGAAUUCCUUCCAUAGAAUUGAAGCUCCACAUACGUAUCAUCUUGUUCAUUGAGCAACAAACCAAGAGAAGCUACAACAACUUUCAUUUCAGGCGCCGCAUGGAAGAAGAAAAAUGAAUCCGGAGCACUAUUCUUCAAUAGGAACUCAAUUCCAUCACCAUCUUCAUCACAAGACUUUUUGCUCCAAGCUAUUCUAAAAUUUCCUAUAUAAAGGACCAUUCUGGAGCUGCAAAAAAAAAACACACCAAGUUCUGAUAGAAAUCAUUCUUCUCUUUUCUUUAGUUUAUACGAAGUAUUAGUAGCCAUAUAAUAAAAGUGAUUCUGCCAAGAACACUUUCUGUAUAGAUUUCAGUUUAUAAUUCUCAGUUCCAGAAUUUUAGCUUGUGAUAUUUGGUAUUGAAGUUCAUUUGGGUUUAUCAGUUCGUUCAAUCAGUUCCAGCUUAAUACAAGGAUUUCAUCUUUUCUAUUCCAGCCCAUCUAUGUUAUUCAUUAUUUUAUGCCUUCAGAGUGGCUCUACUGGAAAUGUUGUAGAAAAGUCUUCUGCCAACUUGGGAAUUGAAAAGGUGUGCCCUAUGAGGCAGAGAUGGGUGAAGCGAUUAACUUCUCAAAUGCCUCAAUGGGAAGUACCUAGAGGGUAGUGAUUGUAGAAUUGAUCAACUAAAUAAAGAGGAAUCCGAUUGACGAGUUUUCUACUAGUGGCUUUGGAAUUUAAAGAAGUUGAUGAUUAAAGUAAAAGAGGAAAAAGAGUGAAUAGAGAACAAUAGAAGGAUGAUAAAAGAAGUAGAAGAUAAAAAACAGUGAACAAGUUUCUAAAAAAUUGUCACUUUAACAGUUUAUAGAAGAAAACCAAACACAUCUUACUUUUAAAAGGAUGCUUAAAAUUCCACCGUAUCAUUAUACUAUAUUAUUAUGAAGUAAUACUAGUAUAUCAUUAUACUUAUUUUAUUUUUUAACACCAUAUAAGAUGUUAGGCAAAAAAUGUCUAUCAAUAUUUAAUUAUAGCAAUGUAUAUUCAUGAAAUGCGAUAUUUUAGCUAUCCUAAUAAAUUACCAAUUGUAUGUUUGUCAGCAUCUUUUGAUUUAUAUAUUUAGUUUUGCAAUACCUUGAACUUAUUUUGUUGCAUAUAGUCGCAUAGACCCGUGAAAUCUUAAUUUCUCACAAAUCCAAACCUUCAUACAUAGUAAGCAUAACACAAACAAAUUAUUUUUCUCAAAAAUUCAAAGUUAACUCGAAACAUUUUUUUCUUAAAUUGCAUACAUUAAUGUGUUAUCCUUGGAACCUAUUGAAAAACCUCAAUGAAACACGUACAUAUACAUUUUGCACAUAAAGGGUUAUAUGUUGUCCUGUCUCUUCACUGAUUACCAUCUUCCCUCAUCGCUCCCGUAGGUGUGUGUAGCCAACAACAUGUCAUGAUGUCCAUUGUCGUCGAUGUCGUAGUCCUUUGUUGCGAGCUCCUUCCAGGGCACUGUGGAAAAAAUUCUGAUUUUCACCUUUCCGACUCACUAUUAAUCAAGAUAAACAAAAUUAAAAUUAAAUUUCAGAUUUUGUUCAAAAUGGAAAAGAUUUUAUGAUUCAAUUAGUGAAUUUUUGCCAUAGGUUUCAGAAAAUGUCAGAUUCAAUGAUCAUGAAUUUAAUCUCCCUUUUUAAUUUCAGUCUUGUAAAAAAGCAAUUGUUCAAUUUUUCACUACUUAUGCUCUUAAAUUAGGACAAACUACUUAAACAAAUUUCAUGUGAGAUUAUUUUGAAACCAAACACGUCUUACUUUUAAGGCUAAAAGGUCAAAUAGGUAUAUGAAAUAACUUAAAGUGUUCAAUUAGCCCUUUAUAUAGAAGGUUCUGCCCGGCCGUCGCCAAUUGGGGAAGUUCCCAGUGGAUUUUUUUGAUGAAUUUUUUUGAGCAUCUUCUUCAUUAAGUCUAGUUUACUCAUACCAAAGUUUAGCUAAAAAUUCAACUGGAAAGGCAGUCAAAUGAGUUUUUGAAGAUAACUGCGCAGUUGAACAACGCAGUACAUUUCGGAAAAUCAUUUGACUGCCUUCCCGAUUUAAGUUUUAGCUGAAAUUUGAUAUGGGUAAACUAGACUUAAUGAAGAAGAUGCUCAAAAAAUUUCAUCAAAAAACUUACCGGGAACCGCCGCAAUUGGCGAAGGUCGGGCAGAACCUCCUAUAUAAGGGACUAAUUGAACACUUUUUCAUAUCUCUUCUCCAAUUCUUCCUAAAUCCUAUUCUUAACUCUCUACUCUCUAAUUCUCUUAUUCUCCAAUAUAUUAUAUAUCUACUCUCUAAUUCUCUUCUCCAAGAAGUUAAGAUGGAAAAUCAAAAUACCAUUAUACGGUAUAAUUUUGAUAAGCAGAAGGACCCGAAGACCGGGAUGUGGUACGCAAUUUGCAAAUGGUGCGAAAAAAAAUGUAUCAUGGGGGCUUCAGGCGGAUUCGGGAUGGCAAUCAAGCAUAUGAAGUCAUGUGACAAAGCCAAAGGAUCGGGAGGUGCGGGAAGUUCCGAUUGAUUACAAUUUGCAAAAUAUUUAUCUCUUAAAGUUUGUUUUAAUUUUCAAAUGUAGUUCCUAUUUCAUUUCAAAUAAAUGCAAUUGAAGUUUGUUUUUAAUAGUCGUAUAAAACUAUAAACUAUAAAAUAUAAAUUAUAAAAAAAAAAUUAACCGGCCCGAACCGGACCCGUCCAACCCUCGGGCCGGUCCCGGGCCCACUUUUCUUGAACCGGCGGCCCGACCGGGCCUAGGCCCGGCCCGGGCCCGACCCGGCCCGAAUCCAUCCCUAAUUUGACCCUUUAGCCUACUUUUAAAAGGAUGCUUAAAAAUCCACCUUAUCAUUAUACUAUAUUAUUAUGAAGUAAUAUUUAGUAAUAAUACAAACAAAAUUACGGAAGGCAUUCAAUGAAAUACUACCUCCGUCCCGUCGAAUAUAUUUUGAGAUAUAAUUUUAAUAAGUACGUGGUAUAUAUCAUAAUGUAGUUAGUAUUGAUAACUGUGAUGUUAAAAUUGUAUUAUUUUUAAUAGUUAAUGAUUAAUUUGUCACUUAAGAUUGUUAAUUGUUUCCUAAAAUGGAAAUGAGAACCUUUAUAUGGGACAUCCAAAAAAGGAAAGUGGAAACCUCCUAAUGGGACGGAGGGAGUACAUUCCACCAUGGGUUCUUAUCCAGAAAAAUGAAAUAGAGUCCACCAAAAAUUAAGCAGAUUUAGUUAAUCUCAUCACAUAUUCUCUUUUUUGAAACCUUAUGAAUAUUUGGUAAAAUAAAUAAAUCUUGUAAGAAAAGUAAUACCUGAUCAACAGUUGAACACAAAUCAUACCACCACUCCAGCAUGCACAAACAAAAAGCUCGACCGAGUCAAGCUUCUCCAAGAAGAAGAGUAUGCACCUAGACGGAUAUCCAUAUUGAUCUUCCCAGGCUGCCAACAGAAGAAGAAACGACCACCUUCACAGACAUCAAAGGAGGCUCAGCGUUUCGCGACAUAGACUGAAUGAAGAAGAAGAUGAGACGAUGGUCGAUUAAAAAGGCU